AUGCCGUCGAUCCUGAGCGAAGAGGAUAAGGAGACGGUCAAGCGCCAGGUGCCCAAGCAGACCAACAAGAUCCAAGCUGUCGCCGUCGCCAGGUUGUACGUUGCAUACCCCAAUAAGGCGAAAUGGACCUACACGGGGCUGCAAGGCGCUAUUGUGCUGUCCAACGAUCUCGUCGGGAAUACAUACUGGCUGAAGCUGGUGGACAUAUCGCCGGCUGGCCGCGGAGUGAUAUGGGAUCAGGAGAUAUUCGAUACAUGGGCGUAUAACCAAGAUCGGACCUUCUUCCACACUUUCGAGCUCGAGGAAUGUCUCGCAGGGUUGUCCUUUGUCGACGAAAAGGAGGCGAAGCAGUUCAAGAAGAAGAUGGACGAGCGGGAGAAAAAUGCGAGCAAGGCGACGAGGAACACACCUUUCGGAGGCUCGCACCAACAUCCGACCAAGUCUGGCGGCUUGUUUGGAAGCAUCUUUGGCGGACAUAGGCAUUCCUCCGCUCCCACGCCUCCAGAGUCGCCCCGAAACAGCAACAAUCACAGUUUACCGCCGCUGCCGUCACAUCCGGGGGUGUCGUCUGAGAAUGUCAAUGGGUUCCACAAGCCACCUUCCAAGUUUACAACGCUGGAAGCUUAUGACCCCAACUGGCGAGACAAUUUUGGAAACUUCCUCACCGAGCAGGGCCUGACGGACGAUUUCAUCAAGGAGAAUCAAGAUUUCAUCGUCGAAUUCUUGAAAGAACAAGUACCCCAGGCCACGGCAUCACUUCCGCCUCCGCCUCCCCCGCCUCCUGUCAACGGCACCGGCAGCCAUGGAGCACGAGCACCUCCUCCUCCACCACCACCACCCCCCUCCGUAAGACCAGCAAUAGAGCCUGUCGCAUCCUCCAGCUCUCGUCGUGGAGCUCCUCCCCCACCGCCGGCGCCACGGAGAUCUAAUAAGGUAGAACUACACCGGGAACCGACUCCACCUCGAGAAUCCACGCCCCCAAGACCGCGCUUCAAUGCUCCUCCACCAUUGCCUGACGCCGGCAAGUUUGCGCACUCAGAGCCGUCACGAGGCGUGCCAGCGCCACCAGGACCCCCUCCGCCUCCGCGACCACCCAAGACGCCGGCAAAUGAAGGAGACGAUGGGUCCGGUCAUAAGUUUGGCGUGCCCCCGGCCUUCACAGGACAGCGACUCAACAACGCUCCACCACCCGCACCGGCUAGAGGUUCGGUGCCUCCACCUCCACCGCGACAAGCUGCAGCCGUGCCGCCUCCUCCACCACGACAAGCAGCGGCGCAGCCUGCUCCUCCGAGUCUGCCGCCCAAAGUUCCGGCCUCGAGUGCGCCACCUCUUCCUCCAGCUGCUUCUCGUCCGGUCCCAACUCCACCGAGAGACAUUCCGGCUCCUCCACCUUUGCCAGUUUCGAACGCCCCUUCUGCCCCACCGCCACCUUCCCUACCAAGAACAGGUGCUGGUGCUCCUCCUCCUCCUGUCGCGCCUCCACUUCCUCCCCCUUCGGGAUCCGGCGCACCGCCACCACCUCCUUUGCCACCGAUGGGAGGAGCACCUCCACCACCACCACCACCUCCUCCUCCUCCUAUGCCAUCAGCAGGAGGAGCGCCUCCACCUCCUCCACCGCCGCCUCCGCCCCCGAAUCGUGAUAGCGGCUACGCAUCGGGCGUGCCGGCAUCAGCUGUGCCGGGCGCAGAUCCCACACGAUCCGCAGUUCUGGGUGAUAUUCAGAAGGCAGGUGGUAUUGCCGCGCUCAAAAAGGUGGAUAGGAGCAAAGUCAGAGACCGAAGUGCGGCAGUUGUAGGUGGAAGUAGUGAUACUGGCCCACAUGGUAGUGGACUGCCCCCAGCGGGUAUCGCUCCCGGAGGCGGAGGAGGGGGUAUGGCUGACGCCCUUGCUGCAGCCUUGCAAAAGAGAAAACAGAAGGUUCGAGACAGUGAUGACGAAGAUGACGACGAUGAUUGGUAA